AUGAGAAAUCUCAGCUUUUUCCGUUCCACUUUGCGACUUCUCGUCGCAGCCAACGUCGUUAACGCUGGACGACAGCUGCCUGCCGAAGUGGAAGUCGAUCUCAUCUUCCCACGCGAUAACGAGACGUACUCCCCGACGCAGCUACUUCCCAUCGUCUUCGGUUUCAAUAAUCUUGACGCUGUUUGGCCCCUGGAUAUCGGACUCAGUGCUAGCGUGACGUCCAUCGGCGACGACCUCAAUGAGACCAGACCCGAUUGGAAAUGGCGAUGGGUUGGCCUGCUCAGCGAUAUACUUGGAACUGAUUUCAUGGAUUCCCCACCGCCAACGCGAUACCUUCAUAUUGACUCCGUCAACAUGACCAACGGAACGGCAGACUCCUUCAAGCUUUUAUGGGAGGUCAAACUCCCAUACCGAUGCUUUACCAACAACGAUACGGAGUCCAGAUGGUCGAAUGGACCCGGAUACGCCUCACGCGGAAUCUUCUUUCAAACAGCUGACGGUGCGCAGCGUCCUGAUAUAGAAGCUGCCGCCAAUUCAUGCGAUGCGUCUGACGAGAACGCCUCGGUUGCGGUGCGUAUCACCGACUUCAAAAAGACAUACUCUCACGACAAGCCAUGCCCGGUUUUCGAGACAGAUGUGAAUCCGAAGUGCGUAUUCAAGUCAGCUGCUAAGGAGGUCGCGGCGAACGUGUCUGCCGCGGUGCUACGGAGACUGAGGUGCGAGGAGGGCGAGUGGCAGACAAUCACUGCACCAUGCCCACGGAAGGAGAGCAUGGGAUGUGCCACAGGCUUUGUGGUUGGCUGGGCCCUACUUCCGCUCGUAUUAGCCGCAGUCAACUUCCUUUGA